CCCAUCAAGGAACAGAACCCGUUUCCCAUUCAUUCUAGACUUUCUGGCUUUCAGGAGAUCAAUGCUGAGUACAAAAAGAAUCUUCUAAGCCUCAAGAACAUUUUGCUUAUCAAGUUCACAAGGGAUCAUAUGGUCGUACCGAAGGAGUCCUCGUGGUUCGGAUAUUUCAAGGAAGGAGAUCUCGAUACGAUAGUGCCAAUGAAUGAAACGAGACUUUACAAAGAGGACCGAAUUGGCCUCAAAAAACUGCUGGAAACGGGUCGAUUGCAUUUCCUCGAAGUAGAAGGUGAUCACCUCAAGAUCACCCGCGAAGAGUUCAAAAAGGAAGUUAUUGACAAGUAUUUGAAAUGA